AUUUCCUGGAAGGAGGAGCCACGCACGAAGAAGCGACCCGGCGGACACAGCAGGCUAUCACCGCCCAGCUACCGGGCUAACGUUACCGUGUCUCUGACCCGUUAACUGGGAGUUAAGACAUUAAACCGGAUGCCUCUAUGAUCCAGCUAACCGUACAACGAGAUAUACAGUGUUCAGUUUGCACAAGAGGUGAGCCAUGGCUGAACCGAACAACUCCCGUCCCCAGAGGAAGAUGUCUACUGCUGGGGAGAGUGUAUACAAAGUGCUAGGGCUGGAGAAAGGAGCGUCAGCAGAAGACAUCAAGAAAGCAUACAGAAAACUAGCCUUGAAGUACCACCCGGAUAAAAACCCAGACAACCCGGAGGCAGCGGAGAAGUUUAAGGAGAUCAACAACGCCAACUCUAUUUUAAAUGAUGAGACCAAGAGGAAGAUUUAUGAUGAGUAUGGCUCCAUGGGUCUUUAUGUGUCCGAACAGUUCGGAGAGGAAAGCGUCAAAUACUACUUCCUCAUGUCUAAAUGGUGGUUUAAGGGUCUGGUGGUGUGCUGUACAUUUUUCACCUGCUGCUGCUGUUGCUGCUGCUGUUGUUUCUGCUGUGGGAAAUGCAAGCCGCCCGACGACGACGAAAACUACCAGUACGUCGACCCUGAAGACCUGGAGGCCCAAAUCAAAGCAGAACAGGACGGAGGUAACACAGUAAUCAUAGGCCAGCCCACAUCUAAUCUGGGCCCAGAAAGCCCAGAGGAGCAGGGUAAGCCCAUCCCCCUGCCUAUGCCCAUGCCUCCACCUGAGCCCCAGGCGCCGAUCUCGACCAAUCCAGCAGGGGAAGAAAACCCCGGGGAGACCUUACCAGAGUCAAAAUGACUCGAAAGAGAUGAGCCUCACCUACAGAAAGCAGGACGCCUUUCAAGCCCCUCUUAUGAUCCAGCCACAUCCGACUGCCGCCAGCAACCCAGAGAACAACCAGCCCAAUGUCACCAGCCAGCCCAGGCUUUUGUCUCAGUCCCACCUCAACCUACCUGAUCUACGAACAACACCUGUGAGGCAGACACUUAAACGCUCUAGGUCCCCUCCAUAGGAUUCAAAUUAUGGAGGAGUAUUCAUUCUGAUGAACCUACUUGCUGGUAAUGCUGAGACUGUCGUGGAUUGUUUCAGACCAGCUCUUAAGUACAAGUCAACUAGCCAUCCUCCAACAAGUUCCUUCUCUUCCAGCUGCCCACAUGUCCAGCCUCGCCUUGAUGUGACCUUGAUAUUCGUCCACUUCCACUUGUCCGGGGCUGAGCUUGAACUUCUCAUUAAUCUGUUCUGGUCAUCCCAUUCCAGUCAGUGAGGAUGUGACACUGGGGCAGAAAGAUGGUGAAAACAGAGGGAUAUAAGGGGAAAAUGCAUAACCUAAAGGCGAUCCUCACUAUUUUUCCAGAUCAGGACUGGAAUUAAUUCUUUAUCUGUGUCCCAACCUUACUGCCUCCCUCCGUCUGUCCCCAACAGAAGUACUUUUUUACAUUUCUCCCCCUUUAACUUGCUUUGGAGUUUCCUUCUUUCAAAAAAAAAACAAAAAAAACAAAAAGCCAUGAGGAUCGGUAGUAAAUUCGAUGCCACUUGUCACGUGUACACAUCAUCAGGAGCCAGCAGCAAAACAGAAGUUACACAUUAAGACUUGAAGAUGAGGAUUAAAUACUUUUUGUUUUUCUCCCUCUUCUUUAUCCUCCUGUGAACACUCGGUUAAAUGUUACAUUAUCAUCCUCAAGCGCUCAUCCUCACAGACUAGCUCUUGAUGCCAAAUGUGGUGAUACAAAUAUUCAUCUUUUAAAGGAGGCGGGAGGUCGCUUCACAGAGUUUUUUUUUUUUUUUUUUUUUUUUUUUUUUCCCAGGACCCUAACACGUUUCAUUGCUUUGAUGUUACGCCUGAGCCAAAACCUGGAGCUGAAGAUUUAGAACUUGGAGGAGUAGAAUCGAGGCUUCCUUCUCCAAUGUGCAUGCGUUUUUGUCCAGCUGCAUGCCCCUCUACUGUACAGCACUGGGUCACGCACCCCAACUACAACUCACAGAAGAACUGCUGGUCCUUACAGACAUGCAGACUCUAGUUAAACACAUCCUGUAUACAAACACACACUCAUACCAGCCCUAAUGUCAUCGUGUGCUGAAAAAAUACCACCCCAAAUAUAAUCUGUUGACUUAAAUAGACAGAUGCCAUAAUAUGGAGGACAAAGUGCAAAAGUUUUGACAAGAAAAGACUGUUGGUUGAUCCUUUGUUGUCAGUUUUGCAUUGUGGUUUCGCUCCUUCUUGUGUUGCAGUCAGAUUAUUUGGUAGACCAAAGUAACAACAGAGCUUCAUGUAGCCAGCCAGCCCGUAACGAACCAGGUCUAAAAGUCUCUGGAAAUGCCAUUUCUCUGUCAGCCACGGUUCGCUUUGUUGACGUUAACUGUAUAAUAUGUUUGGGUCUAUGCACCUUGUGAGACGGGUCUGAUGCCAUUUCACAUUUCCUCUUCUGUCUCAGUUUAAAUCUUUUAUUGUACCGCUUACAUCUACAGCUGCAGUAACCAUCAGCUUGAAAGCUCCUUUAUAAUCUGUAAACUCAGGUCCAGAUUCACUAACACUGCAUUGCAGGGGCAAUCUUCUGAUUUAAUUGUGCUGCAGUUGCUUGAGUGCAUUUUGAGAUUUCAUUUAAUUUGCAGGAUGUUUUGUAAAUUUAUUUGCAGUCCUCGAAAAGAGUUUUGAGCGAGCAAUCGACCACCUGUAUUGCAAAUUCCAGGCGUCGACAUUUUAACCGGAGGACUGAUUCAUUCAUUCCUGCAAUUUCACACCAUAAAUAUCCUUUUCAGUGAUCUGUCGUGACUCUGCAGGAUUGAAAACUCUCCUUUGCUGAGUGGCUUGAUGCUGAUAGUGCUGUGCCUUGAAGAAUAAUUCUAGCAGUGACUGAACAGACAAACGUUUGAUGCAUUUUGCCGUCACCUCAACAUGUGUGAGACUGUUCUGUAGCAUCACCCGUGAAUAUUAUGUUGAAAAUAAUCUCAUCAUGUAAUAAUUCAACAUAUACAUGAGCAUGACUGAUGGAUUUAGGCUUUAUCUCUUAACUUGAGGCCUUUAGUUUUCAUAACUCGUCAUCUUUCCUCAUUCUACACUUUAUGGUGAUUAAUGUUUUCCUUUGCAAACCUUUGGUGAAUCUGGAUCAGUGUUGUUGAUUCAACACCUUGAAUUGCACGACUAACACAGCCACUUGAGAUCUUUGACAUCACUGGAGUUUUUUUUUCAUGCAGACUUAAUCAAAUGCACAUUUUCCUUGGUUGUUCUGGGUUUUAGAAAGCUCAGUUUAAUUUGACAUUUUGCUCUUGGAUUUCGAUCAGGUUUUAAAGCAGCAUUCACCCGUCAGUCAGAGGGGAUUGUUUCAAGUAUUUCAAGUAUUUUCAUCUAACUUUUAUUUAGCACUUUGUCUGUACGUCUAAAAUCAAAAAUUGGUGAGAAAUGUUCAGUGAGGUUUCUCAGAUUUCCUAGAUGUCUCCUUGUGGAGCGCUGGUGUGCCAAGACGAAGAAACAGCAGAUUUUUACUGUGCUGCAAUGACACUAUUUUUGGCAUUUUUACCUGAUAAGUGACUGAAAUGUGUUCUCAAUCAGUCUGUAAAUUGACUAAUUCUUUCAUUUUUUGGACACUAGAGUUUCCACGUUGACUUGCUAUUGUUCAUAUGUUGCUGUGGAUUAAAGCCGGAGGUCAGUGUCUGUCGUUCUACACAAAAGCAAAACUGGAUUUUCUGUUACGACCAUGUGAGCGAUUUUCACCAAUGUGUUAUUGCUAUAGUUGAUCAAUAAGAACAAAGGUAUUUGUACCUUUCACUACAAAUUGCUAUGACUAAUAACCAGCCAAUCAAGUGCUUUAAUCAGUUUAAUGCAUUUGCUAAGGCACUAGAAUUAUUAAUUGUAAUGUGAUUUUGGUGAGGAUUUCAGCCAGUGUAAGCGUCUGGAUCAGUCUGGCUUAGAAGCCACAACAAAAGAGCGAAAUCCAGGAGAAAAGGCCUAAAGAUGACUAGUUUAUUUUACAAAAAAAAAAAGAUUGACACUAAACAAAUGGAUAAGUUUUGGCAGUCGGUAUAGGAGUUUGUGAAUGGGUGAACAGUAUGGAUGGAAACGAUAAAAGCCAACAAAUAUGCAUAGUACUGAUGACAGGAGGGGGACUUAUUUUGAGGAAACACUGGGCCCUGGAGCCUCAAACUGUCCUGUUGACUCAGCAGAACAGGCCAUCACACCCUACAUUUACCUGCAGUAGUUUCAUGCAACCUCUGAACAAACUGAUGAAAUGAUACGAGGGACACCCAAGCGUCUCAUGUUCUUAACAAGCUGUUACAAAUUCUUCAGACAGAUUUUUAAAGGAAUAGUUCAACAUUUUCUGGAAAUAUAUUUUGUUAAUUUGUUUUCUUCACUGCUUCUGGCAGUGAAGCAAAUAGUCCCCUGUUAAACCAUAACACUGUUAAGAUGUUGAAUAAUGAGCUUAUAGGUGUUGGUCAGUGGAUCUUGUUACUUUAUUUUUGACAGAGCUGGGCUUGCUGUCGCCUCGUGUUUACAGUCUUUCUAAGCUAAGCUUGUUUGAUAGCCUAAUAUUUAGCACAUAAACAUGACCAUGGUACUGACAAAACAAAAUACAAACUAUAUUUCUCACAAUGUUGAUCUGUUCCCUUAGAUCACACUAUUUAAACAGAGGAAAAAUAUGUAGGAAGGAACAUUUUGCUGCCAUGUAUUAUUACCUUCAACAUUGUUUACUUCUGUCAUGUGGACGUUGAUGUGCUGUGGAGAGUUGUGUCCAGGAUAGAGUUCUGUUGCGUGUCGGUAAUUUUUUAAAACAAAGGUUUUCCCUUUCUGGUGGCAGGAUGAGAUUUGAGGGCAGGACAAAUAAAGGCAAGUGUGUCAGAGCUGGUAAAAAAGAUACUCUUCUAAAUUUGUCGUUCUGUUGCUGAAGUUUCUCAGUGUUGCCCAGUGAACUGCAGUAAGCUAACGCAGAGCUCUGUGUACAAUUUUGUGAAUUACAAACUGCUCAUAAACCAGCUUAAACAAGCGCCUCCAUUGCUUCUGCUCCGUCUUUGAUGGAUUACAUAUCAUCUUGUGUUACUCAGCAGAACUGUUUGCAAACUUGAACGUUAUUACAUGUCUUUUUUUUUUUAUUAUUAUUAUCGAUAGCCAAAACUGAAACGAAGCAUUUCAUGAUUAAUUCCAUUUAGUCUUUCUUCAGAUCCACUCAAAUUAAAUCAAUUUAGUCCAUGGAGCACUGAAAGACAUAUUUAUUAUUUUUUAAUUGUUGUAAAUAACUCAUAAAACAGCAAAGUAAAAGACAAAGUUCCUUAUUGUUGGUAGACGGGUUUUAUGAACUGAUUAAACCAUGUACAUACAUUUUUAUUAUUUUUUAAUUUAUGUCACGUAGAAAAACCGUAACCUAAAUUUGGAAUGACAGAUAUGUGGGACAGCAGGGCGGUCAACUUUGAUGUUUGAUCAAGAGCACAGACUAAAGUUAUUUGUGUUUACUUUGAAUCACUGGCUCAGGUGGUCCAUGCUAACAUGUUAGCAUGCACUGGGUUUAGUGCUAAUGCUACAGUAUGCCAAAAACAGUUAGCAAGGAGCUAAGGUUCUUCCAGAGACGGAUGACUUUUUGUGUCUGCGUUCUUAUUGUUUAACAGAGAAGUUGACCAGAUGGACAAUCUACCACAAUUGCUGUGUUUCUCAUUACCAUGACAAGAAAACCCUAAAUUCAGCAUAACAGUAGAAUGACAUGAUGAAAGCAUCUUAUCAGUGUAGCUAAAGUUUUAUUUUAUUGUCUUUUGGGGGGGCAUGUCGCUAACUGUUGUGGUUCCCUGUGGACGAUGUGUAAAUGAGUUAUUAUGGAAUUCAACCAAAUAAAAAUGGAGGAUUUUAUAA